AUGGCGCAAGCUUCGCCGGAGACCGUCGACCGGCUGUUCAACGAGUUGAAGUCAAGGAACACCGACGUCAGAGAGAAUGCUGCCAAGGCGCUCCGUCAGAGCCUCGAGGCGGCUCAUCGAGAGUUGCCUCCGGGCCAGUUCGCGAACUACUACGACCGCGUUUGCAACCGCAUAAAUGCCCUUGUCGUCCAGGGCAACGAGACGAACGAGCGCCUAGGAGGAAUCCAAGCAUUAGACCAGCUCAUCGACUUCAAGGGCGACGAUGCCGGCCAGAAGACCACCCGGUUCGCAAGCUACCUGCGCGCCAUAUCGCAGGGUAACGACAAUGCUGCCAUCGACGCCGCGUCGCACGCUCUGGGAAGGUUGGCCAAGCCUGGUGGCACUCUCACUGCAGAGCUGGUCGAAGCCGAGGUGAAGAGUGCGUUGGAGUGGCUCCAGAUGGAUCGCCAGGAGAAUCGUCGCUUCGCCGCUGUCUCAAACCUGAGAGAACUCGCGAAGAACUCACCCACCCUUAUGUACCAGUGGGUACCACAAAUUUUCGAGGUCAUCUGGUAUGCGCUGCGGGACCCGAAGGUGCGCAUUCGCCAGGCCGCCGCGGAGGCAAUUAGCUCUUGCUUGGAGAUUAUCUCUGCGCGCGACCAGCAGAUGCGCAAUCAUUUCUUCGGUAAGGUCUACGAGCAAGUCCUGACCGGAUUCACGGUGAAUACUGUGGAGUCAAUACACGGAGCAAUUCUUGCUAUGAAGGAGCUUCUUCGACGAGGUGCAAUGUUCAUGCACGGUUCCAGGUAUAUCGAAGCCUGUAAUAAUGUGCUGCGCUACAAGGAUCACCGGGACCCGCUCAUCAGACAGGAAGUCAUCGUCACAAUACCGUUGUUGGCUGCGUACUCUCCUAACGACUUCUCUCAACAUUACCUCCACACUUGCAUGCUCCACCUGCAGGGGCUUCUCAGAGAAGAGAACAAGGACCGCAGCGCAGCAUUCAUCGUCGUGGGAAAGAUUGCCGGAGCAGUCGGCAGCCACUUUGGAAAAUACAUUGAUGGCACCCUUACGGUCAUUAAGAACACACUCAUCCGUAAGACGCGCUAUCGGGCGCAGGAAGAGCCAGCUAUCUUCGAGUGCCUCAGCAUGCUCUCAAUAGCUGUUGAGCAGGCCCUCAGUAAACACGUGGACUCACUCCUCGACCCAAUGUUCUCCUGCGGACUGAGCGAUCCUCUCACCCAAUGUCUCGUCGACAUGGCCCAUUACGUUCCUUCUAGCAGAGCAGCUAUCCAAGAGCGCCUACUAGACCUUCUCAGCCAAGUUCUGUGUGGUCGGUCGUUCAUCUCUAUGGGUAGUCCCCAACACCACGCGUCUUCACCACCACAAAUAUGGACUCGCGAUCAUAAGCCACCAGAGAUCAUCAGGCAGAAAGAGGGUGAGAUCGCUCUGGCACUUAAGACUCUCGGCGAGUUCAAUUUCUCGGGGCACGUGCUGAACGAAUUCGUUCGGGAUGUCGCCAUAAAAUACGUCGAAGCAGACAACAGGGAAAUUCGAAAAGCGGCUGCACUUACUGCGUGCCAGCUCUUUAUCGGCGACCCCAUAGUCACUCAGACGAGUCAGCACGCGAUACAGGUUGUGGGAGAUGUCAUCGAGAAGCUACUCACUUGCGGCGUUGCCGAUGUGGAUCCAGACAUUCGUCACACUGUCCUCAGGGCACUCGACUACCGAUUUGACCGCCAUUUGGGCAAGGCAGAGAACGUGCGCAGCUUGUUCUUGGCUUUGAAUGACGAAGUCUUCGAAAUUCGAAGAGCGGCUAUCUCGAUCAUUGGCCGCUUGACAUCCGUCAAUCCAGCUUACGUUUUCCCGUCCCUACGCAAGGUCCUCGUUCAGCUCUUGACCGAGAUCGAGUACUCAAACAGUGCUCGGGAUAAGGAGGAAAGCGCAAGAUUGAUCAGCAACUUGGUCGGUGCCUCGCCAAAGUUGAUCAAACCUUAUGUCGACCCCAUGAUCACCGUCCUUCUACCUAAAGCACGGGACAGCAACUCCGAAGUUGCGUCAUCCACCCUUAAGGCUAUCGGCGAUCUUGCGACCGUGGGUGGUGACGAUAUGAAGCAGUACAUCCCCGAACUGAUGGACAUCAUCAUCGAGAACCUCCAAGAUCUCAGCUCGGAAUCGAAACGGAUGGCUGCUCUGAUUGCGCUCAGCCAACUGGCUUCUAAUGCCGGCUAUGUCAUAGAGCCUUACAAAGAGCACUCGGAGCUUCUCACGAUUCUCAUCAACAUUGUGAGGACGGAGCCAGCAAACACCUUGCGUAAGGAAACCGUAAAGCUCAUGGGUGUUCUCGGAGCAUUGGAUCCUGAUGAGUACCAGAAGAUCGUCGAGAAAUCUCCAGAGCACAACUUGCAAGCAGAAGCACAAGCUGUCACCGACGUCUCUCUGAUCAUGAGCGGCAUUACACCGUCAAACGAGGAAUUCUAUCCCACGGUCGUCAUUAACACUCUUAUGGGGCUUCUCAAAGACACAUCCCUCGCACAGUACCACUCGGCUGUCGUGGACGCAGUGAUGAACAUCUACGCCACAAUGGGCCUAAAGUGCGUGCCAUUUCUACCACAGGUUGUGCCAGGGUUCCUAGGCGUCAUUCGUGGGGCACCAGCAGGACGUGUGGAAGGCUACUUCAACCAAUUGAGCCAACUUGUGAGGAUUGUACGCCAACAUAUCAGGCCCUUCCUGCCUUCCAUCCUCGAGACUGUUAAGGAGUUCUGGAGCGGUGGCAUUCAGUUGCAAGCUACUAUUCUCUCUCUCAUCGAGGCAAUCGCACGCUCUCUCGAGGGAGAAUUCAAGAUUUACCUCGCCAAUGUUCUGCCGUUGAUGCUGGGUGUCCUGGAUCAAGACACAUCCGUCAAGCGGUUACCAUCAGAACGCGUCCUCCAUGCUUUCCUGAUCUUCGGAUCCAGCGCGGAGGAGUACAUGCACUUGAUCAUUCCCGUCAUCGUUCGCAUGUUCGACAAGCCUGGGCAGCCGCAUGGCCUCCGGAAGUCAGCCAUUGAGACAAUAGGCCGCCUUUCAAGGCAGGUUAAUAUCUCAGAGUUCGCCGCCAUGAUCAUCCAUCCGCUCUCAAGAGUGCUUGCGGGCAGCGAUAUCGCUCUUAAGCAGACAGCGCUUGACACAUUGUCCGCCUUGAUCUUCCAGCUGGGCCCUGACUACAUCCAUUUUAUUCCCACGAUCAACAAAAUUCUUGUCACGCACAAGGUUCCUCAUUCCAAUUAUGCCCUUAUCGUCUCCAAGCUACAAAGAGGCGAGCCCCUUCCCCAGGAUCUGAGUCCAGAUGAGCGGUACGGCGAUGAUGACGAAGAUCUUAAUGCCACAGAGAUUUCGACAAAGAAACUGGCAGUCAACCAACAACAUCUCAAGAGCGCUUGGGACGCCACUCAGAAGACCACUCGUGAGGAUUGGAUUGAGUGGAUGAGAAGAUUCAGUGUCGAACUACUGCGGGAGUCUCCUCAACAGGCUCUUCGUGCCUGCACGCCCUUAGCAAGCGUCUACAAUCCCAUCGCCAAGAGUCUGUUCAACUCGGCUUUCGUAUCCUGCUGGACUGAACUUUACGAUCAGUACCAAGAAGAGCUUGUGCGCUCCAUUGAAAUCGCACUUGCGUCGCCCAACAUUCCACCCGAAAUUCUCCAGAUCCUCCUCAACCUCGCUGAGUUCAUGGAACAUGAUGACAAGGCGCUUCCAAUUGACGUCCGGACUCUCGGAAUGUACGCUGCCAGAUGCCAUGCAUACGCAAAGGCUUUGCAUUACAAGGAGCUUGAGUUUAACGCGGAGCAAAAUGCUCGUGCUGUUGAGGCCCUCAUCAGUAUCAACAACCAGCUGCAGCAGACUGACGCUGCAUUUGGUAUUCUGAGGAAGGCUCAGAACUAUCAGGACGUCGAGCUCAAGGAGACCUGGUUUGAGAAACUCGAGAAAUGGGAGGAGGCCCUCAAGUCCUAUCAAAGGCGUGAGAAGGAUGAACCCGACUCUUUCGAGAUCACUAUGGGUAAGAUGAAGUGUCUGCACGCGUUGGGCGAGUGGGAUGUUCUGUCGACGUUGGCCCAGGACAAGUGGAUUCACGCUCCGCAGGAAUACCGGAGAUCGAUCGCUCCUCUAGCUGCCGCUGCUGCCUGGGGCCUUGGACAGUGGGAGCUUAUGGAUCAGUAUCUGUCGGUGAUGAAAUCGUCAUCCCCAGACUGGUCUUACUAUGGUGCCAUUCUUGCUAUCCACCGCAACCAGUUCGAGGAGGCCCAGAAACACAUUACCAAAACGCGCGACGGUCUCGACACCCAGCUCAGCGCUGUCUUUGGCGAAUCCUACCAGCGAGCCUAUCUUCCGCUGGUGCGUGUGCAGAUGCUUGCUGAGCUCGAGGAGAUCAUCACCUACAAGCAGAACAGCAGCAACCCCGAGAAGCAAGCAAGCAUGCGUUCUACUUGGAUGAAGCGCCUGCUCGGCUGCCAGCCCAAUCCUGAAAUUUGGCAGAGAAUGCUCAAGGUUCGUGCCUUGGUCAUUUCGCCGAGGGACAACAUGCAAAUGUGGAUCAAGUUCACCAAUCUCUGCCGUAAGAACCAAAGGGUGGGCCUCGCUGAGAAGUCGUUGCGUUCCUUGCUUGGUGGUACCCAUGAAGACAUCUUCGGCUACGUUCGGAAUCACGCCCACGAGAUACCGCAUCCUAUCUCCUACGCCGUUUUCAAAUUCAUGUGGUCGUCGGAUCGUAAUGAGGAGGCGCUGGACCUACUCAAAGACUUCACUGCUCGCGUUGCGGAUGACCUUCAGAUCAGAUCCAAGGAUGCCAUGGGACAGAAUGGCAACAUGCCGAACGGAAUCAACGGCCACCAUGGUGUCAACGGCGUUCAUGGCUUCACCGGUCUUGUAAAUGGCAUGCACGGCCUGAACAUGAACGGCUCUGGUAUGGUGAAUGGCACUAAUCAGCCGCCUGGCGCAAAUAACUUCGACUUGGCGGAAACGCAGAAACUCCUUGCCAAAUGCUACCUUAAGCAGGGCGAGUGGCAGACACAUCUGCACAAUGGCGACUGGACGCACGAGCAUGUGCACGAGGUUUUGUCUGCUUACGCUGCAGCCACACGAUAUAACCAGAAUUGGUACAAGGCAUGGCACGCAUGGGCAUUGGCUAACUUUGAGGUCGUCAACGCCAUGUCGCCACAGGCCGACAGGUCUACGCCGGAUCUUCCCGCGAGUGCCGUGCAUGAGCACAUCGUCCCUGCGAUCCACGGUUUCUUCAAGUCCAUCUCGCUCUCUUCGGCCAGUUCCCUCCAGGAUACCCUCCGUCUUCUCACCCUCUGGUUCGCUCACGGAGGCCAUCCUGAGGUCAACACCGCCGUCACAGAGGGUGUGGGUACUGUCAGUAUCGACACAUGGCUUGAAGUUAUUCCGCAACUCUUGGCGCGUAUCAACCAGCCAAAUGUCAGAGUCCGCCAGUCGAUUCAUAACCUCCUGUCUGACGUCGGACGCGCUCACCCUCAAGCAUUGGUGUUCCCUCUUACGGUCUCGAUGAAGUCAGAUGUCACUCGUCGGUUACGCUCGGCAACAGCUCUUAUGGACGCCAUGCGACAACACUCUCCUCGACUUGUCGACCAAGCUGAUUCGGUCAGCCACGAACUUAUCCGUAUCGCUGUUCUUUGGCACGAGCAGUGGCACGAGGGUCUGGAAGAGGCUUCAAGACUGUACUUUGGCGACCGCAAUAUCGAAGGCAUGUUCGCGACUCUCGCACCACUUCAUGCUAUGCUCGACAAGGGCCCGGAGACUCUUCGCGAAAUCUCGUUCAUCCAGUCAUUCGGCCGCGAGCUUCAGGAGGCACGCGACUGGUGCCAGACCUUCAGGAAUUCUGGCGAAGAGGGUGACUUGAACCAAGCUUGGGACCUUUACUACCAAGUCUUCCGAAAGAUCGCUCGUCAGCUACCCUCCUUGAUGACUCUCGAACUUCAAUACGUCUCACCCAAACUGAAGGCUGUACAUGACUUGGACUUGGCUGUACCUGGCACAUACCAGAGUGGAAAGCCCAUCACUAGGAUCCAGUCAUUCGAUCCUGUUUCCACGGUCAUUCAAUCCAAGCAGAGGCCUAGAAGGCUGAUGAUCAAGGGAAGUGAUGGCGUCAACUACAUGUUCGUUCUCAAAGGUCACGAAGAUAUUCGUCAAGAUGAGCGUGUUAUGCAACUCUUUGGUCUGGUCAACACGCUUCUUGACCAUGACGCUGAAUGUCGGAAGCGGCAUCUCAACAUCCAACGGUAUCCCGCAAUCCCUCUGUCCACCCAAUCCGGUCUCCUGGGAUGGGUCCCGAACAGCGACACCCUCCACGUGCUCAUCCGCGAAUACCGUGAGAGCCGUAAGAUUCUUCUCAACAUUGAGCACCGUAUCAUGUUGCAGAUGGCUCCAGAUUACGACUGCUUGACGUUGAUGCAGAAGGUUGAGGUCUUUGGUUACGCUCUCGAUAACACCACCGGCCAAGAUCUCUACCGUGUGCUCUGGCUCAAGAGUAAGAGCUCUGAGGCAUGGCUUGACCGCCGUACCAACUACACUCGGUCCUUGGCUGUCAUGUCUAUGACCGGUUAUAUCCUGGGUCUUGGCGAUCGCCACCCCUCCAACUUGAUGCUCGACAAAGUCACGGGCAAGAUCAUCCACAUCGAUUUCGGUGACUGCUUCGAGGUGGCAAUGCACCGCGAGAAAUACCCUGAACGCGUGCCGUUCCGUUUAACGAGGAUGUUGACGUACGCCAUGGAAGUCAGCAACAUCGAAGGCAGCUAUCGCACGACCUGCGAACAUGUCAUGCGUGUGUUGCGGAGCAACAAGGAGUCUGUCAUGGCUGUGCUUGAAGCUUUCAUCCACGAUCCUCUCCUCAACUGGCGCCUCGGUACCCGCGAAUCACCUCUGGAGCCCUCAUUCACUUCGCAACGCCGCGCUUCCAUCAUGGGUGACGUGGCCGUGCCGGGUGAGCGUCCCGAGUCGUCUUUCCGCCCGCGUCAUCGGUCCAGCAUUGUGCCACCCGGCGUAGGUGGUCCUAAUGAGCCGGAGGCCAGGGAGGAACAGAACGCCCGUGCGCUACAGGUUCUGUCCCGCGUCAAGCAGAAGUUGACUGGCCGCGACUUCAAGCCUCAGGAGGAGCUGAACGUCAACAACCAAGUGGACCGGCUCAUUCGGGAGGCGACCAAUUUGGAGAACUUGUGCCAGCAUUACAUUGGUUGGUGCAGUUUCUGGUAG